CCAGCUGAUUGUCAAGUUGCCAAUGGACUCGUCAUCCCAUGCUCGCUCUCGUGUUUAAAUUAUUCGCGCAAUAAUCGUUUCAAUUAUGUACCUAUGUCGUACAGUGUAGUAUAUGACGAUUUAUUCAGAUAAUAUUACAUUCAAUAUAUAUUAGUAUUAAAUAUUAAGUACUUUCAAAGCUGCAAUGACUGCGUCGUAUACACAAAAAAUUAGGUCUGAUCUCUCCAAUACAAUAAUUUCCAGGCAACUCAAAAAAUAAUCAUUUAUUUCUUCAGAACCUAACCUCAUAGUACACUCGAACAACUUUUCGGCUACGUGGUCGGCGGCACGUCAUGCCAACCUAGAGCAAAUAACUUUGAGAGGCCAGUGAACAGAAUUAUGUUUAAAAUCAAUAUUCACUUAAGAAAAAAUGAUUAGAACUGCACUAUUAUAGAGAAUAGUAGUUUUCGUAACUUUUUUGCAUCAUUGAGCGAAAUAAAUAUUACUUGAUCGGUCCUCGUGUACUCUCUGAACGUUGGCUAAGCCUUAUCUUCGGUAGUGUAUGCCAAUACAAAAUGUCGCACGAGACAAGGCUUCCCAAUACUUGAGAAUGGUUAUUUCUCACAAUUUCUUUAAUUUAGCGUCCUGUAGAUUUAUAUAGUAAAAAUGGGGUUUAUUGAAGAUACACUCGUCAUUUUAAUCACUCAGGUCUUCUUCUUUGCUGGAGGAUGGGUCUUCUUUGUAAAGAAACUCUUCAGAGACUAUGAAGUACAUCAUAGACUUGUUCAGCUAAUUUUUUCUAUCACUUUUUCGUUAUCUUGUACAAUGUUUGAACUCAUUAUAUUUGAAAUUUUACGAGUUUUGGACUCCAGUUCCCGAUACUUUCACUGGAAUGUUGGCCUGUAUAUGAUGUUGUUCAUGGUGAUAGUUGUCAUUCCAUUCUACAUAGGUUAUUUUAUUUUGAGUAACAUACGUUUUGUGAAACAACAAGUAAUAAGACCUUUGACAGUUAUGAUUUGGUUGGUGUAUAUUUACAUUUUCUGGAAACUUGGUGAUCCAUUUCCGAUUCUCAGUCCCAAACAAGGAAUAUUGUCAAUUGAACAAGGGAUUAGUAGAAUUGGUGUAAUUGGAGUCACUGUCAUGGCUCUCUUAUCAGGUUUUGGUGCUGUUAAUUAUCCAUAUACAUCAAUGGCAUAUUUCAUGAGGCCUGUGACACCUGCAGAUGUUCAAGCAAUAGAGAAGCGUUUACUUCAAACAAUGGAUAUGAUAGUAGUGAAGAAGAAACGAAUAGCUCUUGUUAAAAAGGGAGCCCUGAAUAAUGGAUCAGGAGAUGGGCAAGGCAGAAGUGGCAUUUGGGGAAUGCUUCGAAAUGUUACAACAUCUGUUGGAAAAAGUAGUAGUGAAAAUGUCUGGCAGCUGAAGCAAGAAGUGGCAGGUUUGGAAGAAUUGAGCCGACAGCUAUUUCUUGAAGCUCAUGAUACUCACAAUAUGCAAGAGAGGCUUAUUUGGGCUUCAACAUGGCAAGGAAAAUAUUUUAAUUUCCUGGGUUACUUUUUUUCCUUGUACUGCAUGUGGAAAAUAUUUAUUUCAACAAUAAAUAUUGUGUUUGACCGUGUGGGUAAAAAAGAUCCAGUGACAAGAGGAAUGGAAAUUGCUGUGCACUGGAUUGGAAUAAAUAUUGAUGUUACUUUUUGGUCUCAGCAUAUUUCUUUUUUUCUGGUUGGUUGCAUAGUAGUUACAUCAAUCCGGGGAUUGCUCCUGACUUUAACAAAAUUUUUCUAUGCCAUAUCAAGUAGUAAAUCAUCAAAUAUAAUUGUAUUAGUUCUGGCUCAAAUCAUGGGAAUGUAUUUUGUAUCUUCAGUAUUAUUGAUGCGUAUGAACAUGCCUGCAGAAUAUCGAAUAAUUAUUACACAAGUUUUAGGUGAACUUCAAUUCAAUUUUUAUCAUCGAUGGUUUGAUGUGAUUUUCCUUGUUAGUGCAUUGUCAUCGAUAGGUUUCCUUUAUCUUGCCCGAAAGCAAGCUCCUGGAGAAGGAGUAUAAUGAAUGGUGAAUAAGACAUUCAUAAUGAUGUGCAUUUUUGUGUAAAGCGUGAUAUCCUGUACUCUAAGAGGUUUGCAUGCUGCGAUCAUGUAUCCUAGUUCCUACAGUCUUUAUGGGUAAUAAGUGGAUUCCCUUACCCAUUACCAGAGCUUGCUAGAGGAUGUCUUCAUGAACAAUGAGCAGUUGACUGCAAAGCAAUACUUGGUACAUAUGCAAAGUUCAUGUGUCCCAUGCCAUGUUACAAAUUGGUAUUCAUUCCACUGAUAAAUAAUAAGACAUUCUAUUUAUUAAAAUAUCUGCAAACAAAUAUUUGCAGGAAAAAAAUUUCUCAGUGAUAAUUUGCUAGAUUUGUCAAAUAAUAUAAUAUGCAUGGUUACAGAUGUGGAUAAUGAUAUAGUUUCAAAAGGAUUUAAUGAAGUAUGAAGUAGAUGGUGCUGUCUAACAAAAGACUGAGUUUCACUUUUCUUGAUAUUUGCCAUUUCUUUGCUGCAUAACGUCUAGAGGGUGAGGCACAUCUGACACCACUAGUUCUAUUGUUAUGGAGGGGGAAACAUAUUGCCUUUAUUAUUAUCUUGACUGAUAACAGUCAAAGAUCAUGACAAAUACAGUAAUUACUGUUGCUUACCCUCAAUAAAGUGCAUUUAUUGCAAUGUAUCAAUGAGGCAAAAAUAAUAAUUUUUACCACUGUAUGCAGUGUCAGAAAUAUAUAGAAAGAAGUACUUUUGAAAUAAUAAUUCAGUUAAACUAAAUCUUGGAUUUCAGAUACUAUAUUCAUAUGGGAUUAUGUCACCCUGCAUUUUAUUGUAUGAACACACUUUGAAACUAUUCGUUCCAUCUAGUUGUUUUUAUUCUCAUUAAUACACUCACGCACAGUAUUGCUGAUGAUUAAGGGGCAGAUUUUGAUGCCAAGUAUUAUCAAUAAAAUGCUCUUAAAAUGUUUUUAAAAUGGCCUAAAAGCAAAGAAAAAUGAUGUAAUAAAUGUAAUCAAAACCAGUUUGGAUGAACAACUCAAGCUGGAUAUGUUACUGAUGUAAUCAAGGCUUCCAUUCAUUCUAUUCAAAACCAGCAAAAAAUUACUUAUAAAAAUUGUUCAUUUCCUUUUGUCAUAACAUAACAUGGAUUCCUAUACUGUUCAGCAUUAUUCUCAAGUGAAAAAGAAAAAUGAUACUUCAUUAAAACCUGCCCUCUACUGAUGAAUAUUAAUUAUAAUAAAGAUUAGAUAAUAAUAAAAAUCCUUAGAUAUUAUGUUAAUUGUGCUUCUGCCUCUCAUGAAGAUAGGCCUUUUCUUUUUGAUGAAUAGAUGCUUUGUUUUUGCUAUUGGAAUAAAUGGUCAAAAACAUUUUCAACCGGCAACAUGAGUUGAUGAUAUACUAGUGAACCAAGUGUUGAUUACUGUUCUGUUUUAAGUAUUCCUGUUUUAACAUUUCCUAGAGCGACAAGGAGUUUCUUUUUCUUUUUUUUAACCAUUCCUAUGGCAUUGAUUUGAAGGUGUAAUGAAACUUAUAAAGAUAUCUUUUUUUAUAAAAAAGCAAAGUUGUUCAAUCACCAAAACCCUUAUGAAAAUUACAAACAUAUAGGGCAAAUUAUAUAAUAAUUUUUCUCAUUUAAUAUGUUGUUUAUACUACAAACAUUUAGGGCAGACUGCACAUUGUAUUAUAAUUUUUCUCAUUUAAUAUGUGUUUUAUUCUGUUAUUUAACAUGCAAUAUAAUUACAACAAAUUCUUUCAUAAGGGAGUGAUUUUAAAGAAAUGUUACCUUGCAUAAGUUCUCAAGAAUCUCUGUAUAAUACUGAUUUUGAAAAAGCACGUUGGGCAUAAGUUGUGUAAAUAUUUGUAUAAUACACAUGUAAUGGCAAAUAGUUUACUGAAGAACUUAAUCUUAAUUUUAAAAUGGACACAUUUAUAAAAUUAGUAAAGCAAUAAGAUUGUCUUUUGACUACUAUUUAACAUGGUAAUUUUUGUUCAAUGAACUAAAACAUUAUGUAAUGGAAUCAUUAUAAUACAGUUUGAAAGAGAUUCUAAACUUGAAAUUUUCAUUCAUUUCUCCAGUUAGAAAAAACUUUCAAAAGAUCUUAUUAAAUUUUAAGUGUGUGUGAAUUAUCAAUACAAAUAACUUUCUCUUAAAUAAUAUUCAGUGUAUACAAACUUUUGUUCAUUAUUUAUCAUAUCAUAAGACAUGAUUUCAAGGAGUAAGGGAUAUUUUAAGGAAAAUAAUGCAG